AUGGGCAACAGCCCCUCCACGUCCAAACCCGCGAGCCAGUCCUCCUCCUCACAAACACAAUCGCAGCAUGAUCAGUCGGUGAGGCGCGACAACAAGCACUCCAUCCCGUUGCAGAUUCAGCGGGUUGCAGCCCCGCCAGAACCCUCGCUCACUCAGGCGCAGGGCACCGCUGUCCAACCGCCGUCGAGUAGCAGCAGCAGCAGCGCUGCCAGCCGGCCGAAGCCGCUGCAGCCUCGACACCUCGGCGCCGCUUCGGGCUACUCGACCGCUUCCUCGUCCACCACCGCCGCUAGCUCCACGAGCUCCGCGAAGCACGUCGAGGUCAAGCAGGGCAAGCAAGACCCCUGCCAUGCACCUGCCAAGCCCGUAGCUGUGCCCAACUCGCACAUUCCGUCCUCAUCCCCGCGAUCCCCGCGUUCCGACGACGGCUGCGAAUCCGCCGCCAUGCCGCACAGCAGCCUGCAAGAUGUCUCAUACCUGACCCGCCCUCCGCGUCUGCCGCUUCCCAUCGAGGAGGAGGUGCACACGCCGGGCUCGCCCAUCAUCGCCCCUGCGGAUGCCGGCGCACCUAUCGACGAUGUCGAGGGUCUGGAUGCAGCCGGCUUGGCCCACCCGACUUCAAACCUGAGCGACAAUUCAGUGCUGGAGGAGGAGGACACCGAGGAAUUGCUGGUAGACAAGACCAGGCCAACAGUGCCGACCAGGUUGGAAUGGCGCCACGGCGGCGACAAGGUCUACGUGACGGGCACUAUCUUCAACUGGAAUCGCAAAACACGGCUACAUCCAGUCGAGGGCCAGCCCGGCGUCUUUGCGACUACGAUCAACAUCCUCCCAGGGACACACCAUAUCCGCUUCCUAGUCGACGGCCAAAUGCAGACGACCCCUGAUUAUCCCACAACGGUCGAUUUUGGCAAUAACUUGGUCAACUAUAUUGAGGUCAACCCCGACGAUCUCCAACCUGCAUCGGCCGACGCGGACGGAACCUCAGAAGGCAAGCAUGCCCAACAGCAACCGCAGGCGGACGCGGCGCCAGCCGAAGAGGAAAGCCUGCACGUUCCCAGUUUUAGGGAGGUUCCACCAGCCAGCCAGUUCGCGCAGAAGAUUCCGAGGUAUCUCCUCGACCUGGACCAACCGGAGGAUUCUCCCAUAUACCAUAACGCUGUCCUGGCAACCGAGAAACUGCAGAACCCGCCUGCUCUACCUGGGUUCCUGAGCAAACCCAUCUUGAAUGCGGCCAGCCUGAGGAAGGAUGACAACAGCGUUCUGUCGCAGCCGAACCACACUGUUCUUAACCAUCUCGCUACUAGCAGUAUCAAGAACAAUGUAUUAGCAGUCUCGGCGACAACGAGAUACAAGAGCAAGUAUGUGACCACCAUUAUGUACAAACCAACGACGGCAGAGGGCAUUUGA